AUGGUUUGUGAGAUCGGAUCAGUCAUGGACAUGAGCGGUGAGGGGGGCGCGGGGGCUCUUCAGCAGCGGUGGUACGAUAGCCGGGUUAACGGCAGCCCGGCCGCUGCAGAAGUCUCGGAGACCAAUGGAGACUUCUUCCACUCGCCGUUAGAGGGCGGGCAUCACAGCCGCGCUCGGUACUACCAUCAACAGAUGCACGGGCCGUACUCCUCAGCUGUUGGAUCUCAUGCUGGCGAAGCUUUCAUUGAGCUUUUGACGAGGUGGUUCACAGUCCACAUAUAA